AUGGAGGAAUAUCUGCGCAAUGCGCCGAUCCCGGAGUACUCUGACGAAGAAGGCAUCAGUAUGCCCCUUGAUGACCUCGGCGAGAUAUCUGCCACCGACACCAGCAUUGAGGACGGCGAGAACGGGGACCAUGCAGGAGACCAUCACGAAGAGCCCGAGUUCGAUCCUCUUGCCGCCGGGCUCAAGGAGAUAUCCAAUCUGGGAAAGUUCACCGUCAGUAGCCACAAGCAGGGCAACGGUGUUGAGCAGCUGCGCAAUGACAGUUUGAAGACCUACUGGCAAUCCGAUGGGCCCCAACCUCAUAAGCUAACGGUAUACUUCAUCAAGCGGGUCGGUAUCAGAGACAUUCGCUUCUUCGUGGACUUCAAUGAGGACGAGUCCUAUACGCCUACCAAGAUCAUCUUCAAGUCCGGCACCAGUGAGAACAACCUUGUUCAGUUCGCCACGAUGGAAAUGUCGCAACCCUCUGGUUGGCAGCAGGUUCCUAUUGUUGGUGCCGGUGGUGGCCCCGACGGCAAUACGCUGGUCUCCUACGUGUUCCAAAUGCAGAUACUUGAGAAUCACCAGAACGGAAAGGAUACCCACCUUCGGUCCAUCAAGAUCUAUGCGGCCGACACUGGCGCCCCCAACGUCGACCUGGGCAGUACGCACCAUGUAAGUAUGGUCUUCAUCUAG